CUGAUCUGGACAAUAAUCUUAAGGUUCCAGGUUCAAAAUAUCUCAGUGAUUGAAAAGGUAAGGCGCGUUGGUUACGAAGAACCCAUCGGUCUCCGGCGGAAUUCCACAGAAGCCCUUUUGCUGUGGUGCAAGGCGAAAACUCAAGGCUACCCAAAUGUCUCUGUUACAAAUUUCACAAAGAGUUGGCGUGAUGGACUAGCAUUUAAUGCCCUUAUUCAUAAACAUCGUCCUGACUUGAUUGAUUACGCUAGCCUUUCACUCGACGAGCCUUUGAGGAACCUACAAAUCGCCUUCACGACUGCUGAACGUUGCCUGGGGAUACCUAAACUUCUUGAUCCAGAAGAUGUGAUGGUUGAAGAACCAGAAGAAAAGUCUAUUAUUACUUACCUUGUUUCGUAUUACCAUUACUUUGCACGAAUUAAGGCGAACACUGUGCAGACACGCAGAAUAGGACGCGUGAUUAAUCUCUUGCGAAAUUUCAUAAGUGAUGUCAAAAAUUACGAACUUUGCGCAGAAAAAUUGUUGAGAUGGAUUCAUGGAAGUAUUCUCCGCAUGAAUGACAGAUCGUUUCAGCAAAACAUUGAAAGCCUACAGUUUCAGCUUGUACAAUUUAAAAAUUUCCGCACAGAAGAGAAGUCACCCCAUUUCUACGAAAAGGGUGACCUCGAAGUUGCCUACUUUGUCAUAAUGAGUGAAAUGGUUGCCGCAGGCAUGCGAAUUUACGUACCUCCAACGCGCUUGAAACUUUCAGAAAUCAGCAGAGCAUGGGAUGACCUAGAGCGCUUUGAACAUGCACGCUGGCUAGACAUAAACGAUGAGCUUAGGCGGCAAGAAAUGUUGGAACAGCUCUUUCAUAAGUUUGAAACAAAAUGCUGCAUGAGAGAAUCGUGGUUGCAAGAGAAUCAAAAAAUCGCUGAACAGGAAUUAGUAGGAUCGACUCAGUACACACUGCAAGUAGCUUUGAAAAAGCAUGAAGCUCUUGAAUCUGACAUCUUUGCCUAUGAAGAUCGAAUAGAGAUGUUGGCUCAAAUAGCAAAUGAGUUGAAAUGUUGUGGGUACUUUCGGGCAGAGGAAGUUAAUUCUCGCUGCUCAAACGUCAUGAUCUUGUGGAACCUUCUAAUAGAAACCUUAGAAAAUCGCCGUAUGACAAUUCAAAAUAGGAUUUUUACCAUGGAAUGGGACAGUGAAAUCAGUCAGCUGAUGGCGUCUGCUUCUGAUUUGAAAAUGAGAAUUGAAAGAAUUGACCCUGGUUCUAAUUUGGACCAAACGCAGCAUGCAAUGAUGUCAGUUGAGAUAGUUGAAAAUGAUUGGAAGACCUUAAGUGUCCACGUGGAAUAUCUCCUCAAACGCCAUACAGAUGAAAAUGGUGAUGAGUUAGAAAAGGAAUGGCUUGACAUUGUUGAUCAGUUUGUAGAAGCUGUGGCAAAAAAACGCGCUGAAUUGGAAAUGCUAACACAACGUUGGCGUCUUUUGCGUGAUAAUUCUCAACACAAGAUGCACGCCCAAGACCGAAUUCAAACGCUUUUAGAGAUGGAAUUUGAACUCUCAUACAAAGUAAUUACUCGAGUCCACAGAAAAAUUAGGCUAAUUGAAGACGAUGUUGCUAUGCACCAGGGACAUUUGGAAUCAAUUAAUAAUGCCGCCGAUGCUAUAAAAAAUGACCCACACAUCCGCGAGUUGAUUGAGUUGUGGGAUACCUUCAAGCAGCUCCUGGAGUUUAUAAAGUCCAAAGCCACCUUUCUUGAAGAACUAAUUUUUCUUAAUUCCGAAAUGGAUAGUGCCUUAAGCUGGGUAUCUGAAAAGAGUAAUUGGAUGCAAUCAGAGGAUGGUCGUUCCCUUGACUCUUCACUGCGUUCGAAUCAACGACUGCUAGAAGAAGUUGGGGCUUAUCUUCAUACAGUCGAACACAUAAGUGACACGACAGCAGCAUUGAAAAAGGAUUAUAAAGACUUUGAUUCAAUACCCACAAGCCUCACUGGGCUCUUAAGCGAAAAACAUACAAUGCAGAGAAUAGGUAAUCUGAGAACAGAGAUUGAAUCUAUUCUUACGGAGAAAUCGACUCGCGUUUUCCGCUUAUACUAUUCUAUUGCUGAAGAGAUAAAGAGGAGGCAGGCUUCCUUAAUAGAUGCUAUUUCCGUCCAGCAAUUUCUACAGAAUGCUGCCAAUGCAAGGAAUUGGAUAUCAGAAAAAUCGAAACUCCUUAACCGGUUAAAGUCAAUGGAUCUGAGAAGUGUAUACGACAAAGGUCUUUCUUCUGAAAUUCAGGAGGAAUUCGGAUUUGCUGAAAGACGAUUUAGGGAAAUCGAAUUUCAAAUGAGCCUUAUGGCCGAACAGGUGACAAAUAUUAAUACAUCGGCGUCCAACCUUAUCGAUAUCGUAGCGGCCGGAACGAUCCAGAACUCGAACGAGGUGCUGCUUCAGGUGACUGAGGCCCAAAAUAAACUAAAUGAUGCGUGGAAUCAACUUGCUGAUUGUGUGGAGAGUCGCCGCUACCUAAUGAACCUGGAUCACGCCUUCCUGGAUCUUUGUCAGGAUUGUUCUUGCACCGCCGAGUGGAUUGAAGAUAAGCUGGCUAUCCUCAACAGAAACGCUUGGAACGAUAUUUCCUCUUUGACACAACUCACACGACUCGAAUACACGCUGAGUUCAUUACAGUCUGACGCCAAAGUGAUUCGUGCGAAGGUUGAUAAUAUAUACGAACAAGUAUUGGCCACCUACCCCGCUUCCGAAGGUCCUUUAAGCGAACGAAGAAAGUGGUUGCUCGAGGCGCACAGUGGACUGUGCGGAAGGUUUGCGGAGCUUGAACGCCAACUGGACCAGUUAAAAGGCUUGGUGUCUCUUUACUGGGGCCACUUGACAUCGGCUCAAUCGCUGGAAGAAUUUUCACAAUGGCUGUCAUUCUUUAAGACCAAACGCUGUAGCAUUACAGUCCCUUCUGAUCUUGAGGAGGCUCGUCGUUUGUUAUUGGAGCGGGAACAGGACUUGCAAGAGCUAGUUGAAGCUGAGAAACGUCUGGGGCAGUUGAUGGUGGACUACGAAAAAUUAGUGCAUUCGAGAAGCAGCAGUGCAGUGGUCGAUGAAUCUCGAGCGAAUCCAGAACAGGUCCUUCAGGAAUAUGCUGGAACCUGCGACCUUGUUCGAGAAAACAUUUCAACUCUAAAACAGAUCGUUGAUAUGCAGACUUUGUUGGCCGAAGCUGGGAGCCUGGAAGUUGCAAUUCGUCAACAAGAUGCGUACCUUCUGAAGGACGAUCUGUUUAAUUCAGUUGAAGCAUUGGAAGCUGCGCUACGCGAACAUGAAGCCUUUGUUGCUUUAAUGGCUAAUUGUUGCAACCGACUCAGUUUACUCGAAAGCAAGAGCGAAAACAUUGCGGCUGGCCAAUGUGACAAUGGAAAUCGGCUAGUUUCCAAGCUGCGCAGUCUUCGUGAAAGGGUGGAAAAAAAUAAAAAAAGAACAUCCGAGCGCGAACGAGCGUUGAAGGAAAAUCUACGGCUGCAGGAAUUACUGGGCGACAUCAUGGACAUUGAAGACUGGAUCGCGGAUAAAUCAGUGGUCCUGAAACAAGUCACUAUAACCUCUAAACGGGAUAUCAUGAGUGCGUACAACCAGGUCAGAGCCCUCCAAGAUGAGAUAGAAGCUAGUCGAGACCGCGCUGAACACAUAAUAAGGGUAUGUCUGGACAUCCGCAAUUAUUCAUUCCUUAUUUCUUAUUUAUAUAACGAUUUCCUUUAUUUCAUCCAGGUAGGCAAACAACUCAUUGAUUCUUCUCCUCAAUACAGUCAUAUUGUGUCACUGCGCAUUGACGAUAUUGUUGCCCACUGGGAGGACCUUCUUAAGUUACUUCAUUGCCAAAUGAGGAAAUUGGAGGAAUUGCACAGAGAAUACACCAUGAACGAGGCUGUGCAGAAUCUAAUGAACUGGGCCAAUAACACAAUCUCCAAGGUCAAGGCGAAUCUAGAGGAUUCCAGCCUGACAACAGCAGGUUUGGCUGAUCUUCAACGACGAUUAGAGUCGCAUCAGAGAGAUUGCCAGGAUUUUGAGAGUUACUUAGAAGUGGCGGACACAAUCAAGAGUCACAGUGACGCACUUUCACAACUUUUUCCAAGUCGAAGCUGUGACUUUUUAGCCGUCAACAUUGAAGUGAGUAAAAAGUUGGACUCCGUGGACGCGGCCCUGGGGCACCGUGAAAGCCUCCUUAAUUUCCACAGCGCCAUCGCCAGGCAUCUUCUCGAUCUGACUUUAGAGCUUCUAUGGGUUAAGGAUAAGCUGGUUCAGAUCAGACAGCCUUACACAGACUGGAAACCUCAAGACAGGAGAUCUGCUGGCUGUCAGCUGCUGCGUGUGCAUCAAGCUAAAAGACGCCUGAUGAAUCACAUUGCUGAAGUAGAGAAUCGUGGACCCAGAGUAAAAAACCUUUGUCAAGUAAGUCAGAUGAUGAAAGAGGAGUACUUGCAGCACACUGAAACAGCUGGCUCACGAAUUGGUCGUUUCAGUGACAUUCUAAGGGAGCUGGAACAAGCCUGGUACACCAUCACCUACCUAUUGGAGGUUCGUCGUGAGGAGCUUCGCCUUGCUGAUGCCAUCCACAAGUUCUGCUUCGACGUCAUCAAUAUCGAAGCUUGGAUGUCUGAACGAGAACUCUAUCUUCAGGGUCUCCAGGAGCCCACUAACAUAGGAGAGGCCCAUCGGGCCCUUCGUCGUUUGAAUGUUCUCCAGGAAACUGUUGCUCAUUGGGCUAACGAGAUUGAUCGGAUGGAACAUAGGGGAAACGAGUUGCUUCAAGAACUGUCCUCGACCGUGCAAAUUAAUGGCGAAUGUGUUGCUGCUCCACCCGUUGCCACAACCACCGUUCUGGAGGCGACAAAGGGGGUUAUGGUGGCGUUCGAGCACCUCAAGGGCAGUGUGCAGGAGCGACGGAGGGAUCUGACGGAAUCCAUCACUUUGCAUGACGUAAUGCAAGAUAUUAACGAUCUAGAGGAAUGGAUAGUCGCAAGACAAAAGACAGCCAAUAGUUACGAGAUAGGCGAUGACCUAGAACACAGUUUCUACCUCCAAGAUCGUUUCAGCCAGUUCGCAAAAAACACCCAAGUUGAAGGUGCCCGGCGCCUAAGAGCGAUGCUAUUUCGAAUUGACCAACUGAUAGCCAGGGGUCACAGGAAUCGCAACGAAAUCGCACUUGGCAAGGACCAGCUCAACGAAGGUUGGGCUGACCUAAUUGAAAUGAUUGAUACAAGGAAACAGUUACUUCGUUCCUCUAUCGAGAUGCACCGGUUCGUCUCAGAUACCCAGUGCGUCCGCUGCACGGACGAGGGCUACGCCCAUGCUAUCGGGCCUGUCAGGUAUGCACGCGCAGGUCGUUUGAGCAAGGCCACUCUCUGUCCCCUUCCCCAGCUCACCCACUGCCACCUCUCUGAGUCAAUGGGUUACCUCGAAGCGCAAAUUCAUGACUGCUACCAACAUAUGCCGAUAGAGCCCACUAUCGACAUGGUCAUAGGCCGUGACACACCUAAUGUCAAGGCCACAGGUGGCAUCGCCUCCCUUCAGCGGAAGCAUGUUGCACUGCAACUGCUCUUGGAACACAUAAGAACCUGCUGUGUCAGGAUGAAUAGCAUGGCCGGCAGACUUCUUCCACGGUACGCUGGAGAACAGGAAAAGCAAUUGCUUGCCCGAAGAGAUUGUGUCCUUGAGGCUGCAAGGCAACUUGCCGCAGAAGCUGAGAAGCGAUCUAGGCAGUUGGAUGAGGCGGAAAGACUUAAAAAAUUCUUCCUCACCGCUCGAUGCCUCUUGGAUUGGUUGGCUGAAAAAAAAGAGAAGAUGAGCUGCCCGGAUGCGCUAAGCCGAACGAUCUACGGCGUCGAACGCCUUGUCGCUGACCACCGCCAGCUGUUUGCUGAGCUCAGCAUCAAGGUAAAGCAAAUAGACGAAUGCCUGGACAUCGGCCGCACCAUUUUAAGUGCCUCUGAAUCCUCGUUCGGCAUCAGUUGUCUUUACGUCGACUUGGCGGGGCCCCAGGGUAAGCUCCGUGAGACCUGCGUGGUUCUCGCGACCGAGCGCGUCAUCACGGAGGCUCUGUGGCGGGAACGUUGGGAGCGACUGGCUAUGCUUCUGGACUCGCGCUACUUCCAGCGGGACGCUGCGGCUGCUGAAUCGUGGCUUAACAGCCGUGAGGUCUACUUGGUCUCGGUCAGACGAAGCAUCGGUGAUACACUAGCGGAAACUCUGGCACUACUUGGCGCCCACUACGCUUUUGAGAAAGCUUGUGCCUCGGCGGAGGAGAAGUUUGCUGCUUUAAAAAGGCUUACCAAGCUGGAAAUACAUGCACUUGAGUGGAAACCUGAAGAUGCCAAACGCCACGAAAAACAGAAACGCGAAAACAUUCGACGGGCUGUCCAUGAGUUUCUUCCACCUUCGCAUACCUACACAAGACCAUCUGCAGCCAAAAAAAACCAGCCCACCCGACUCACCACCUCUUCCCCGGGGUCGAGAGAUCCGAUCAUAUUUGAGGAAAAACCGGCAGAAGUACCCCCCAUGGUACCUCAAGGCACUCGACAGUCAUGUCUACAACCAUUCGGCGCGCCUCUGUUAUCUGGAAGACCUUUGCCGCUAAUGCGAACUGUUCCUCUACCGCAUAAGUGCACCUCAAGGGCUUCUCUGCCUUUGGUAGCGGUUGCAAAGCAGGAUAUUGUUGAGGAAGAGGACGCGCUGAGACCGUCAUCCUCAUCAACCACUCGAAGCAGCUCAUCGUUGAUACUCAAAAGUUCUCUUUGUAGGCCACAGGGGAGUUUCCCUAGUACUACUGCCCAUACACCGCCACUAAGCAGGAAAAUAGCAGUUCCAGAGGAAGAUGCCACGCUUAUUGGUGUAACCACAACUGCAGAGAGAUUUCCACGGGUUGAAGGUCCGCUCGUACGGAAGUGGGACUUCGAUGCCGGUGGUGAGCGACAUGUGAGAGGUCGCGGGUGGACUUCGACAUAUGUGACAUUGCUGGACGGCAAAAUGACAUUUUACAAGGACCGGCGAACCUGUCGCGAACAGCAGGAUGAAACGCUUCGUGGAGAGCCAGCAUUGGACCUGAAGGGUGCAAUAGCUCUACCGGCUUUGGACUACGCAAAGCGACAGUUCGUCUUUCGUCUAAAAUUGCUUUCGGGAGCUGAGUACUUGCUACAGGCAGUUAACGAUGAAAUACUUCAGCGAUGGGUUGACGCAAUCAACGACUCUGCAAGUAAAAUGGCAGCAAAUGAUCUUGCACAACGACCGGAAAGGGCCCGUUCGCACUCUGCCACAUCGCAUCACUCAAGAAUAUUACCUAAUAGUCAGCAAAGACAACAAAAACGACCUCAUAGCUCUUUUCGUCGCAUUCUCAAGCGAAGCUAA